UGAUGACGGAGGGAGCGAAGGCGAGGGAGAAUAGGGGGGGAGGCACGCGGAGAGACGUUCCACUAGCACUGAAAGGUACUACGGUCCGCGCUGUCACUGGGUGAGUCAUGGCUUCGCCCACCACUUCCAACAUCUCAAAGAACGAUUUUGAGGAGGUCCUGUCUCCGCCUCCCCCAGAUAUGAUAUCAAAACGAUCCUACCAAACGCUGUCUUUUCCAACUUUCUCUGCGCAACUCGCUGAAGAAAUUCGUAACAACCAGUAUGACAAGCAGAACAACCCAACGGGUGUGGUCAAUCUGGCAAUAUCUGUCAAUCAACUCAUGGAAGAUGAGGUACUUGCCAGACUGAAUAAGGAAAACACACUCACAUUAACAUCACAGCAUCAGUACUACAAUGACACCUCUGGUCUUCCAGAGUUGCGCAAAGCAGUAGCAAAUUUUCUGACACGUCACCAUAAGCCAAGUGAAGCAAUCAGUCCUGAAAAUUUAGUAGUGAUGAAUGGUCUCACAGCAUGUCUAGAUGCACUCAGCCACACACUAUGUGAUCCAGGGGAUGUGGUCAUCACUCCCACACCAGUGUAUGGACGCAUUUUCACCAAUUUUUAUGACCGUGCAGGUGCCACUGUGGUUCCUCUCCCAUGUCAGGAAAUGGAAAAUUUUGCUUUAAAAGAAGAAGACCUCAAGAGUCUCAUCAAACAGUACUUAGAUGAUGGCCAGCGUGUGCGUGUGUUUGUGCUGCUACAUCCACAUAAUCCACUGGGCCAUGUAUACUCUACUGAGCAGCUACGAAACAUCAUGAAAAUAUGUGCUCAAUACAAAAUACACAUUGUCAUUGAUGAGAUCUAUGCAUUCUCAAUACAUGACAGAAGCACACACUUCAACAGUGUUUUAGGAAUGGAAUCGCUGCCAGAUCCUCAGAGAACACAUGUGUUAUGGGGCUUUAGCAAGGAUUUUUCAAUUCCUGGGUUUCGGAUAGGAGUGAUACACAGCACAAACCCGUGGGUAUUGUCAUGUCUGAGAACACUGUCACAUUACCACUCUAGUCCUCCACUCACUCAGCAUGCAGCUGCUUCUCUCCUCAGUGAUGUGGAAUGGUGUGAUGACUUUUAUGUGCCCACCAAUAAAAACAAGUUAGCUGCUGCAUACAAGAAGGCCUGUGAAUAUCUAGAGGCAAGUGGAGUGAAGGUUCAUAAAACUGUGGCAGGAAUCUUUCUUUGGGUGAACAUGCAAGCAUUCCUAGAUGAGUGUAAUGAAGAAAAUGAAAUGGCCCUUUUCAUGAUGUUCCUAAAGGGUGGUGUGUGUUUGCUGCCAGGCAAGAAGUUAUACUGUGCUCACCCAGGAUGGUAUAGGAUUGUCUUCUCUGUCAAAGAAAAUGUAUUGGAAGAAGGACACCACCUCUCCUCUACUAGACCUCAUCGUCUCUUCCUUACCGAAGCACAGGUGUUUGAGGACUGACAAGGAUACAAGCUGUUUUAUCAAAAUGGAAGAAGAGCAAGGAAAGUCGAAGUAGAUGAAAUUAUUUUGGUUAACUCAGAUAGCUGUAGCAAUUGGUUGUGGUUAAAUUUUGUCUUACUGUUGUUCACAUAUUAUGUUGCCCUUUGAUUUAAGGGACAGAAAAGCUCCCAUUAAAAUAUGAAAAUUAAAGGUAGUUUCAGAAAAUAGUAUUACACAAUAAAUUCAUAAAAUAAUUAUGUCAUGUCAUAAAUCUUGGAUGCCCCUGAUCAUUGAGGAAAACUUUACCUUAUUUUAAUUUGUUUUGAAAGCAACCUAGUUUCUUAACACCUAAAUGACUGGUGGUGGUGGUAAUUUUUGUCCCACUUAGACCAGCCCUUCAGCAUUAAAUGUUGAAAAUAGCCUGUAUUCACAUACACCUUAAAUUUAACCUGCAGUGGAAGAGUGAAUGAAAUAGACCUUUUACUCAACAUUGUCUUCCUCUUUCUAAUGAUGCUAUCCAGAUGUCUCUACAUGCAGUGGCUAUGGAGAGACAGUGAGUUGAAGAGGAUAGACUUUUGGAGGGAACAAAUCACUUGCCUGCCAUGUGUCCAUUUUGCCUAAUUGUAUAUGGUCAGUGCCUAAUGAAAACAAGUGGCCUGAGCUCUCUUCAUGCAUGCUAAACAGCUUUAUUGAAUUCCUGCCCUGUUGCAUUCUCACAAAGAUGUGUAGCAAGUGGACAAUUGCAAGCAGGUAAUAUGCAUGGCAUUGAGGUGUGAGGGCAGGAGGGAGCAAGCUGGGAAUCAGACUCAUCAGAAUUGCUCACCGUGUCUGGACGUGAUGAGAGUGGGACAGAGAUUGAGAGAUUAACCUAACUAGCUUGCAGGCAGUAUUACCAAUGACUGAAAUGCAAAAAUUGACAAAAAAGUAGCUAAAAUUAACAUGAAAAUUGCAAAGCAGUUAUAACCGCCUCUGGUCCUUACGUGGUAGGGUGGCUUUAGCCACCUCCAGUCCUUCAGGGGUUAAGUUAUAUCUUGUCAUCUUAUAGCUAGUGAAGGACACCUCCACAAGCACUCAUGCAAAUCACAACCUCCAUUACCAUGAACCCAUGCUUUUCCAUUGAGGAUUGCUAAGAUGUACAGUAUUAUGUUGCAGUAAUAUUUUUGCAACCAUUAAAAGCUUCACAGUGCCUCUCAUGGUGGUUAUUGUUGCCACCACAUCAGUUAGUACAUGGUUCAGUAUGAUGCUUGAAUAUCAAACUUCAGCAUAAUUUUCCUUGUUUCUUGGCCAGCAAUGUUGCUUGCCUACCCAUUCUGGUAUGUUACUAUGCAUAAUUUUAGCAAGAGCAGUCUUGGUGAACUGAAAGCACAUGACUGUAUGGUGUACCUUAAGUGAAUUUCAAUUACUUGUGGCCAUGGUAUCUCAGAACAACAGAGACUAUUUGUGAGAUAAGUUAGGGUCACUUUUUUUAUUACCUUAAAAUAAGUAUAGUAUGUGCAAGGCCAAAUGAAGAGUGAAGUCUCAUUGAUAAUUACAGUGGCAAGCACUAUAAUUAAAUCUCUAUCAUAUAAUACACCAUUUGAAAGCAGCCUCACAUUUGAAUGUAAGCACAGUUUCUUUACCAGUCCAAGGUUCCUCAAGACCACAUAUUCUUUCAUACAUGCUCAGUAUGUCUGGAUAUUUCUUCUACAUAGACAAACCUCUGUAUCAUCAUCUUAUCAAUUCAUUAAUUCUUAAGUUUUCAUCUUGGCACUCAUUGUUCUCAUUCAACCAUCUCUCAAAUUUUUAUUAAAUUACUUACACAUUCAUGCCAUAUUCACAUCAGUGUUUAUAAGGAAAUAUAUAGUACACAUGUAUGGCUUGGAUAAUAAUUUCAAACACAAAGUAGUUUGUAGCUAUUAUGGGUGUUGCAUGUUGGGACAAGUAUUAAAUAACUUGUGUAGUAAUUGUAAUAACUAAGAGUAUUAAAUAACCAUCUCUAUUUUGUAUCUUCGUAAUUAAAUUGUAACCAAUUU